UCGCGGCGCACGUGCUCAUCCGUACCCCACCAUAACGAAUUGACGAUCACGAUAUAGCUUCGUAGAGCUGUUGAAUACGCAAUAGGUGCCUAUACCUGUAACGCGCGACUUACUCGAUAGCUAAGACCUUGCGAAACGAUCAUAGACCAAUGCGCUACAAUACAAUUCCCAACUUCCUAACUUAAUCCCGUCCUCGCAGAUGAAGCGACCUAAUACCCCCCAUUAAUCUACGAACUCAUCCCGGCCCGGGUUACGGCACAACACUGUCAGGAUGUUGGAAGGCUUGGUUGCUGGCUUGCUCAACCGUUUCUUGGGUAUGUACGUCAAGAACUUUGACCCUACCCAGUUGAAAGUCGGUAUAUGGUCUGGCGAUGUGAAACUACACAAUCUCGAGCUCCGAAAGGAGGCGCUCGAUCAGUUGAAACUCCCCAUCAACGUUAUGGAAGGACAUUUGGGAGAGCUUACUCUCGCCAUUCCCUGGUCCAACCUACGUGGCGCCCCGGUCAAAAUCCUUAUUGAGGAUGUUUUCCUUCUCGCGUCCCCAAAGGAAGAAGCCGCUUACGACGAGGAAGAAGAGGAGCGUAGGCGGCAGCGAGUAAAGAUGGAAAAACUAGACUCGGCCGAGCUCUUGAAAGAACGUUCCCAAGAAGGUCUCAGCCAAGAGGAGCAGAAGAGGAGCCAGAGCUUUACGGAGAGCCUUGUCACCAAGAUCGUCGAUAAUUUGCAGGUUACAGUCAAGAAUAUUCAUGUGAGAUAUGAAGACUCUAUAUCUGCGCCUGGGCACCCCUUCGCUUUAGGCCUCACCCUUGCUGAGUUCAGUGCAGUCAGCACGGACGGCGAGUGGACACCUACCUUCAUCCAGAAUUCGACUACUACCACCCACAAGCUGGCCACGCUUGGGGCGCUGGCGGUUUACUGGAAUACAGACACCACACUUCUCGGUCCGGGCCGUGAAGUGAGUAAUGAGGAACAUUCGGUUCGUCAUGAUGAUAUGAUAAAAGAUUUCAAAGAGAUGAUUGGGAAGGGCGACGAUACCUCCUCGGCAGACCAUCAGUUUAUCCUGAAACCGGUGAGUGGCCAAGCUAAGAUUGAGCUGGACAAGACGGGCGACAUACACGUGCCUAAAUUCAAGGCAAGCCUGCUGUUUGAUGAGAUAGGUGUGGUCCUCGACGAUGACCAAUAUCGAGAUGGCUUGAUGAUGGUUGACCUCUUCCACUACUUCAUUCGUCAUCAAGAAUACAAGAAGCUUCAGCCUAAGGGGGUGACGCCGAAAGAAGAUCCUCGAGCCUGGCUGAAGUUUGCGGGCAAUGCGGUGCUUAGGAAGAUCCAUGAGAGGAACCGUCGGUGGACCUGGGAGUACUUCCGCGAGCGUCGCGAUGAUCGUCGCCGAUAUAUCGAGCUUUUCAAGAAAAAGAAGGCGAAUCAACAGUUUUCGCCCCAGGAUAUUGACGAUCUCGACAGGCUAGAAUGGAAGCUUGGAUAUGAGGACUUGCGCUUUUGGAGAUCUUUAGCUCGCAACCAGCUAAGGAAGGAGAAUGCUGAAGCCCUCAAAAGAGCAACCCCAAAGACCGAGCCGCAACAGCAAGGUUGGCUGGCUUGGGCUUGGGGUUCAAAACCUGCCGAACCUACGGACUCGACGGAGGAGAACACCCAGAUGACCGAGGAGCAGCGUAAAGAGCUCUACGAGGCCAUCGACUGGGAUGAGAAGACCGCUCUAGCAGAGGCUGUCGAUACACCGCGUGACACCGUCAAGAUGCAAAUUGACGCAUCUCUCAGCACAGGCAGUUUCACUCUGAGGCAAAGCCCCCAUGGCAGCAAGACCGAUCUGCUUAGCUUGCAUUUUGAUGUUUUUAAAGCUAAGGCGAUUAAGAGACCAGAUUCCGUGCUUGCUGAUAUCAGCCUUGGUGGUUUCCGAGUUAAUGAUGGCACCACGCCCGAGAGCUUGUUCAAAGAGAUAGUUCGGGUCAAGGACGCGCCGAAUACCAUUAGCAAGAGGCGGCUUUCAAUUGCCGAGCUUGAGGAAGCUGACCAAGAGACCUUCUUCGACCUUCAAGUUGAACAAAAUCCACUUGACGGCCAAGGUGAUUUCGCGGUCACGGCAAAGCUCAAGCCCUUGGAAAUUGUGUGGAACCCCAACUUCGUCAUUGGCAUCGUCGACUUCUUCAAGCCGCCCGAGAGGCACAUGGAAUCCAUAUCCGCGUUGAUGGAGACUGCCGGGGCUACUGUUGAAGGAUUAAGACAGCAGACGCGUGCCGGGCUCGAAUUCGCCCUUGAAGAACAUAAGACCAUCAAUGCCAAGCUAGAUCUUCAGGCUCCUCUUAUCAUAAUACCCCAGUCUAUUAAAACCAGUACAUCAACGUGUCUGAUCUUGGAUGCUGGUCAUAUUAGCGUCAACAGUGAAUUGGUUGACAAGGGAACCCUGAAACAAGUUCAGGAUAAACACAAUCAAAAGUUUUCCGAAGAUGAUUUCAAACGGCUUGAAUCUCUCAUGUACGAUCGCUUUCUUGUUAAGCUAACGUCAACGCAAGUCCUGAUCGGAUCCUCGAUCGAGGAAACGAAAUCCCAGCUAGUUGAGAAGGAUGAUUCUCGUAUGCUACAUAUCGUGGAGAAGAUCAACGUCGACUUUGUGGUGGCUCUGUCGAUAUUACCUAAGGCGCCGAACCUGACUAAGGUCAAAGUGUCAGGCCACAUGCCAGUCCUUCGAGCUAUGGUAUCGGACACUAGAUACAAUAGCCUCAUGAAACUAAUCGAUGUUGCAAUACCAAAAUUUGAUGGAGAGCCGCAACAAGCUCAACCUACUGAACAGCCUAAAAGACCACGUUUGCUCAGUUCCGCAUCAACUCGCUCACCUAAAGCCCACGAUCGUAAAAGUUCAGCCAACUUAUUCCUUACUCAACAAACUGCCGUGAUUCUGGAUAGCGAGUCGGACGAUGACUCGGACGAGUUUGAGGAUGCCGCUGACGGAAGUUCGACUCAGCAACUUAAGACUCAGCAGAAGAACUUCGAGUUCAAAUUUGCCGUUGACAAAUUGCAAGGUUCUCUCUAUAGGAGCGACCCUGAUGGAGAACAACCUGAAUCCCUGUUGGUAGAACUGAUUGCAGAGAAUUUUGACCUAAAUUUCUACAUCAGGCCGUUCGACAUGGCAGCUGAGGUGUCACUAGGGUCUGUAGCGGUAGACGACUUCGUUGACAAUCCUCCUGCGGAAUUCAAAUCUAUCGUAUCGUCGGGCGACGUUGAAGACCACCAGCAAAAGAGGGAUCUAGUUCGCGUCAAGUUCACUAAAGUGAAAAGGGAAUCUCCCGAGUUUAUGCCAGUUUACGAAGGCAUAGAAACAAAUGUCAAUGUUGCUGUCUCCACAAUCAACCUCGUCGUGACGAGGAAGACCUUGCUCACACUAUUGGAUUUCAUACUCGCCACCUUCACUAAUAAUGAAGCCUCGAAUUCCCAACAGAGAAUAGUCAAAAACUCUGAAGAAGGAGAGGAUGAGGUCGAAAUUGCGGAGCCAUCUAUUGCUCCACAGCAGAGCGAGGGUGGUUCUAUCCGGGUUAAGGUUGAUCUUAAGAGUAUACGCUUGAUUCUUAACAAUGACGGUAUCCGAUUAGCGACGCUCUCAUUCAAUCAUGCUGAUGUUGGAGUUUUCUUGCUCGGCAAGACGAUGAGGGUAGCAGCCAAUCUCGGUGAUCUAACACUAGUCGAUGACGUUAACAUCGGUGCAUCAGAAGACUCGAGUUUCCGCCAGCUUGUUGCCAUUCAGGGAGACGAGCUCGCCGAUUUCCGUUACGAGACUUAUGAUUCUAGUAACAAGAAGGCGUACCCAGGAUAUGAUUCCUCAGUCUAUCUACGUGCUGGUUCCAUUAAGGUCAACUUCCUUGAAGAGCCAUUCAGGAAGAUUAUCGAAUUCUUGGUCAAAUUCGGCAAGAUGCAAGCUAUCUACAAUGCUGCUCGUCAAGCGGCCGCGAACCAAGCCCAACAAUUACAGCAGAGCACUGGUAGAUUCAAGUUUGAUAUCAUCAUUAACACCCCUAUCAUCGUAUUCCCUCAUGAUGUCUCUCCAGAUCGUCCAAGGCGAGACCUAGUCACCGUCUACCUAGGAGAGAUUUACGCACAGAACAAAUUCGCCCCCUUGGACGAUUCCGAGAAUUCCGAAAUUGCCAUGAAGCUCUCUGCGGGUAUCAGGAACAUCAGACUUACGUCUUUAUUCCAUUAUCCCAAUGAACAGUCCGAAGAGCUUGAAAUGAUUGAUCACGUGGACCUCGGCUUUAACAUUACCUACGCGGAACACAAAGAAGGGUGGAAGCGUCCAGAUAUGGAGGUCGAAGGCAGCAUGACCGAUAUCAACCUUAGGCUUACCCAAUAUCAGCUCAAAUUUCUCUUGGAAAUCUCCAGAUCCGUCCCAGCUGCCUUCGCGACGGACGCUAACGCUAGGGGAGAAGAAGCUGAACGAGAUGUGGACGAGGGUACACUGCGAAGGGCUAAGACAAUGACAUCUACUACCAGCGGGGCUGAUGGCCAGUUGAUUGAUCUUUCGCCAGAGUUGGGUUCGAGAGAACAUACCUGGACCAAGCUUGACCUCGUGUUCAAUCUCCAUAAGAUUGGUCUCGAGUUGAUCAAUGCCCGCGAGAAAGAACCCGUUGGCGACAUGGAUGCCGCUAGUCUGUCACGGUUUUCACUGGACGACAGCAAGCUCAAGACCCGAAUGCUUGCUGAUGGCUCCCUAGAAGCAGAGUUUGUGAUACAGUCGUUCACCAUACAUGACAGUCGUGCUCGCGAGGGUAGCAAGUAUAGAAGGAUUAUGACGUCUUCCAAUAAAAACGUCCAACAGUUUAUGGCGAGCGUGUCUAUGACCGGAGGCAAGGAGAAGAAUUUGAUUGCCGUUGUCGCUAUCGACAGCCCCAAAAUCAUCUUCGCUUUAGAUUACCUCUUCGCAAUCCAGAAAUUCCUGGUGACCGGGUUACAAACCAGCGAGCCUGAGCUAGCGGGGCUAGAAAGUCCCGUGGAUAGCCCCGACAUCUCUGAUGCCGAAUCAAUGCAUGUGCAGUGGACUGGCAAGUCUCCUCAAAGGAGCAUCCAAGGGUCUCAGUCGUCGGAGAAUACGACAAAGAAAAAUGACGAGUCUAAUAUGAGUAUUGCCUUCCGCGUUAAUAUCGUCGAUUCGCAGGUCAUAUUGAUCGCCAAUCCCCUCAGUUCUAGCUCGGAGGCGAUUGUUUUAGGCACGAAGCAAGUGUUACUGUCGCAACAGCACUCCUUAACUUUCCAAGUAUCUCAAGUGGGGAUGUUCCUUUGUCGCAUGGACAAAUUUGACGAGACUCGGCUUCGUGUUCUUGAUGACUUCUCGGUCCAGGUAUCGAUGGACAGCUCGCAGCCAACCAAAACAAAUAUCCAUGUGGACGUCGACCCGUUAAUCCUUCGACUUUCACUUCGAGAUAUCCUCCUCGUUCUCCAGAUAAUCGGCAAGGCGUCCGAGCUCUCUGAAAGUAAUAGUAGCCAACCUAAAGCUAGUGCGUCUGACAAGAAGGCCCAACAGCUUCGCCAAUCGGGUCUUAAGGAACGCACGGCGAGUGGCCGAGGGCAGUCUACGAUUGCUGCUAACAGGAGUAAAACUGCCAAGACUCCUGGCACAGUAACUACUCAAAGGUCUGGAAAAGAACCAUUCCACCAACCCCAUGAUAUCAGCAAAGGUCCCAAGCGCCAUGAAGAACUCACAGCUACAGUUGAAGGAGUCCGUAUUGUGUUGAUCGGCGAUGUUCAUGAAUUGCCCAUAUUAGACCUAAGCAUCAAAAACUUCACUGCCUCAGCGGCCGACUGGUCUAGCACUCUCAAAGCUGAGACUGCGAUUGAUAUGUAUAUCAAUGUCUACAAUUUUGCGAAAUCUGCUUGGGAGCCACUAUUGGAACCUUGGCAGGUCGGUCUAGGUGUUGCGAGGGCGCAGGAAAGCGGCCUCUUCUCAGUGGAUGUCUCCUCGAAGAGGACAUUCGACGUGACAAUAACAACGGCAACAAUUGCGCUAGCAUCCAAGUCGUUCGAUUUCCUGACCAAAGAUGAAGAUGUCUUAGGUAAGCCUCGCGGCGUCGAGGCUCCUUAUAAGAUCCGGAAUUAUACCGGCUUUGACGUCUUGGUUCAAGCCAAAAGCCAAAGCGAUGACGAAAAUAUCUCCCUCAAGCUACAAGACGGCGAGGAGGGGCCGUGGAGUUUCGAGCACUGGGAGAAGAUGAGAGAAAAUAUUAUGUCAGAAAGCAAUGCUAUGAGUAGCGUUGCUGUUCAAAUCGAGGGUAGCGGCUUUGACAUGAUCAAGAAUAUUCGCCUGAACCGUGAAGGCGAGUUCUUGUACAGCUUACGACCAAAAACAGAUAAUACUCUCCAUCGAUUACUGGUCGAAGUCAACUUAGGCUCGGAUAACAUAAAAUAUGUAACUCUUCGGUCCCCACUCGUAGUCGAAAACGAGACACAGAUACCGGUAGAGCUAGGUGUGUUCGACGCCGAAGAAGGCCACCUCCUCAAGAUCGAGAAGAUUGCUCCAGGGGAAAGCCGACCAGCUCCAGUAGCUGCUUCCUAUGUCAAAUCAUUACUGGUACGACCUGACUCCGGCUUUGGUUACGCAUGGUCGUCCGAACAUCUGUGGUGGAGAGAUUUGCUCAAGCGACCUACACGCACGCUCGUGUGUAAGGGUGAAAACAGCGACCUGUUCUACUUCCAGCUCAAUGCCAGCUUUGAUAGGGGCCACUUCUUGACUGGAAAAUAUCCCUAUAUGAAACUAAAGCUCUCUCCACCUAUCGUCCUUGAGAAUCUUCUUCCGUAUGAUUUCAAAUACCGAAUUUACGACAAAAACACCAAACGGGACUGGACGAACUUCUUGAGAAAGGGUGGUGUCAGCCCUGUCCAUGUCGUAGAGUUGUCGCAUCUUCUCUUGUUGAGCAUAGACAUGCAAGAUACCGUUUUCAAACCAAGCGAGUUCGCCAUCGUCAACCCUGGUGCGCAAGAAGACUUCCGAAAAGAGCAUAAAUUAGUAUGCAAGGAUGCCGAGGAUCUCCCUCUCAAUCUCAGGCUUCAUUACUUUAGAAUACCAGACGGCGGCGGCGCUUUCAAGGUCACCGUUUACAGCCCAUACAUAAUAUUGAACAAGACCGGGCUGGAAGUUAACAUCCGUGGCAAGCAAUUCUUGCAACAACCAAAGAGAGCCGCGGGUCAAUCAGCUGUGGCAGACACUUCAGAUCAAGAGCGACCGAAAGCCUUACCCUUCAUGUUUUCAUUUUCGAACGAUGAUCAGCGCAACCGAGCUCUUCUAAGAAUAGGCGACUCGGAAUGGAGCAAACCACAAAGUUUCGAUGCUAUCGGAAGCACGGCGGAAGUUGUCUUGCCGUCUUCUAAGAAGGAUUCCGAAAUUCACGUCGGUAUAACAGUUGAGCCCGGUGAGGGCAAGUACAAGUUAACCAAGGUCGUUACUCUAGCACCUCGUUUCGUGGUGAAGAACAAGGUUGGCGAGGAGCUUGUCAUUAGGGAGCCUACAUCGUCCAAGACCAUGACCCUGAAAUCGGGAGCUUUGCAGCCUCUCCACUGGCUCCAACGGUCAGCGACAAAGCAAAUAGCUUUGAGGUUUCCGGGAAUCGAUGACCAGUGGACAUCGCCUAUCAACAUAUCGGACCUAGGCACCAUACACAUCAAGAUUGCAAAAGCGGGUCAGCGACAGCGACUCAUUAGGGUCGAAGUCCUUAUGGAGGAUUCGACUAUCUUUCUCCAUCUUAGCAUGGAGGCAAAGAACUGGCCGUUCUCCAUGCGAAACGAGAGUGACACGGAGUUCACUUUUUACCAAGCGAAUCCGAAUGUAGAUGAGGACGGCGUAGAAGAUCGCUCUGGAUGGAGGCCGAUUAGAUAUCGCCUACCACCACGCAGCAUCAUGCCAUAUGCUUGGGACUUCCCAGCCGCCAAGUUUAGAGAAGUGGUCAUCAAUGCCUAUGGCAAAGAGCGACACGUGAAACUUGCCGAGAUUGGAAAUCAAGUACCGAUGAAAUUUACCAGUAGUUCCGGCAUGCAAAAGAUAAUCGACAUCAACGUCGCCGCCGAUGGCCCAACUCAGACGCUCAUCUUAUCCAACUUCAAGCCAAGUAAGAGCUUAUACCGUCAGAGGACACAAACGGGUUCCAAUGCCAGCAGCACUGGUGGCUUUGAAGUAAAGAGCCAAGAUACCGAUACAACAUUCCAAGCACAACUACGACUUUCUGGUAUUGGCAUCUCGCUCAUUAACCAACAGCUGAAGGAGCUUGCGUACGUCACGUUCAGAGACAUCAACCUCCGGUACAGUGAAUCAGCCUUAUAUCAAACGAUCAGUACCUCGAUCAAGUGGAUACAGGUUGAUAAUCAGCUUUACGGCGGACUCUUCCCCAUGAUACUUUAUCCUAGUGUGGUCCCCAAACAGGCACAGGAGACUGAGCUGCACCCUUCGUUACAUAUCAUGGUUACGAGAGUCAAGGAUGAUUCGUACGGUGUGCUCUACGUCAAAUACGCCACCAUUUUACUUCAGCAGAUGACCGUCGAUCUUGAUGAGGACUUCAUAUAUGCCGUGUUGGAUUUCUCGAAGAUUCCUGGCGCAUCAUGGUCAGAGACUAACGAAGGCAAGCUCUGUGACGAAGGUCUGGACAUUCCGGAGCCUAAACAAGAACAAUCGGGCCAGGAUAUUUACUUCGAACUCUUAAAUAUACAGCCGAUGCAGUUGGAUUUAUCCUUCAUGCGUACAGAGCGUGUCAACGUCGAGGAUAAGACAUCUUCCCGCAAUCCUAUUAUGUUCUUCGUCAACGUCAUGACCAUGGCCAUCGGAAAUGUCAACGAUGCGCCAAUUCGGCUGAAUGCUCUGCUACUAGAGAACGCUCGAGUCUCUAUUCCCGUUCUGACACAGAACAUUUCGAAUCAUUACAGUCAAGAGGUUCUUUUCCAGGUCCACAAGAUCAUCGGCAGUGCUGAUUUCCUCGGCAAUCCGGUCGGCUUAUUUAACAGCAUCAGCAGUGGUAUAACUGAUGUCUUCUAUGAGCCAUACCAGGGUCUCAUUAUGUCUGACAAACCUGAAGACCUUGGGCUAGGCAUCGCGAAGGGGGCUGCUAGCUUUGUUAAAAAGUCCGUGUACGGAUUCUCCGACUCCUUUUCCAAGGUCACAGGCAGCUUUGGCAAAGGCUUGGCAGCUGCAACCUUAGACAAGCAAUUCCAAGAUCGCCGCCGCAUAACACGAGCUCGAAAUCGACCCAAGCAUGCCUUAUUCGGUGUUACGGCUGGUGCAAACUCCUUCUUCACGUCGGUUGCAUCCGGUCUCGGUGGUGUCGCUCGGAAGCCGCUCGAAGGCGCAGAACAAGAGGGCGCCGUCGGGUUCUUCAAAGGUGUUGGGAAAGGAUUUAUUGGUUUGGCUACGAAGCCAGCUGUCGGCGUCUUCGAUCUCGCGUCUAACGUGUCUGAGGGCAUUCGCAAUACUACGACCGUCUUUGACGGAUCCGAACUAGACCGUGUUCGCUUAACGCGGUUUGUGCCAGCGGAUGGCAUCGUACGUCCUUAUAACCAACGCGAGGCUCUAGGGCAGUCUUGGCUCAAGCAAGUGGAUAACGGGAAGUAUUUCAACGAGAACUACAUAGCGCAUCUAGAGCUACCAAGGGAAGACAUGGUGGUCAUGGUCACAUUCAGCCGGAUUCUUCUUAUUAGGAGUAGGAGGCUAACCACUGAAUGGGACAUCCCACUCAAAGACGUGCAGACGAUCGCAAAAGAACGCACGGGCCUUAGCAUCGUCUUACGCGGCGGCACAAAUGGGCCGUUCAUCCCCGUCGGCGAAGAGAGCCAACGCGCCUUCUUAUACCGAAUGGUAGCUAUCGCCGUUGAAGAAUUCAACCGUAGGUUCAGAGGUCUAGAGUAGUUAUGGCUCCAUUGGAUGGCAAGGACGAGAAUGGUCAGGGACCGGAUUCGUCGGGUCUCUUUAUUAAAACAUGUCAAGGUAAUUAACGAACGGACCGACGACUACAUAGAGUAUUUAUGCAGAGGAUGCGAUCCUGGCGUAUGGUGCUUUCACGUCUUAUAUGAAUAACUACAACUUGUUACGACUUUAUCAUGAAAAUAAUGAGAAUGAUACUUGAGUACCUAAUCUACCUGUAGGCCAAUGCCUGGUCCUAGCUCAAUUUACAGUGCCCUGCAAAGUCCCUAUCUAGAGAAUUUAUUAGACGGGAUAACUUCCCUAAAAGAACAGCUCUUACAGAUCAG